AUGGCAACCAAAUAAAAAUCAAUUGAAGAUUAUAGAAAUGCUGUGAAGUUAUUAAAAUUAAAAGUGCUCAAAUUGCAGAAGCACAACGAAGAGCUUGUCGACAAACUAAGAGAGCAAGGAAUUCCCCUUGAUUAAUAGCACGAUUAAGUUGAUCUGAGCAAUCAAGCAGUUAUGGGAAUUUUUUCAAGAAGUUGUAGAAGGGUUGGACUAACUCCAGAAAUGAUGUUUAGAGCAUCUGAUAGGGAAGGAUAAGGAUAGAUAAGUACUGAAGAUAUGAGACUUUUUUUAUCGAAAGUUAGAUUAGGUUUGAAUAAUACCUAAUUGACUAUGUUGGUGAGAAUUUUUGAUGAGGAUUGCUCAGGAGUCAUCAAGAGAGAAGAGUAUUAUGAUUGUUUGUAAGCGUAUGGAAUCAAUGAGGAGAAAGUAUCUGGUUAAGCUAGAACUUAUGGUUAGGAGAGUCUCUUAAAGUACGCUCGUUUACUAUUGAUGAAUAGAAUGUCAGUUGAGGAUUCUCUUAAAAGAAUGGGAGAUAAUAUAAUUCCAUCGCAUUUUGUGUCUUUCAUUCAUGGAAUUGAUGGAUCAAAUUUAUUAAAUGAAAAGGAAAUCAUAGCUGUUUUCAAUCACAUUGAUGUCAAUAAGAGUGGAGUUCUUUAGGCUACAUUUUAUGAUUAAGAAGUUCGUAAAGCAAUGAGGGUUGCAUAAUCUGACAUAGGUUUGGGCGUCCAAAUAAAUCCAAAUCCAAACGCUGGAGGAGGAGGAGGCAAUCCAAUUCCUAAGGCUUAGCCUGUGGGCAUCCUGAAACCAACUCAAGCUUCUUAAUAAUUGGAUCCCUUUAGAAUGACUCAAACGUAGAUGGGAUAAUCAAAAUCAGGUCUGAAUAUGUCAUCUUCACAUGCAUUUUUGAAUGAGACAAUCAUUAUGUUGACUGAUGAGGACAGGAAGAAUAUUCAAACAAUUAUAACCAAAUUAAAAGCAUAAGGAGUUGAUGCUAUUGAGUUUAUAAGAAAUGUUAUAUAAUAAUUGGAAGUACCAGGGGCAGGAAUUUUGUUGUAUGACUUUUAUAAGAGAUUUGAUAAGAAGAUUCCAAAAAGCGAUUAAUUGUCAUUUUUUAAUGCAAUUGAUUUGAAUAAAAAUGGGUCCAUCGAUUAUGAUGAACUGAUGGUGUUUUUCUAAGAAUUCAAGUCUCCAAAAGACAAUUAUGAUUUGUUGUUUGAAAUUUUAACUAGAAAAUUAUAAGCGUUAGAAAUAGGAAUAGUUUAACAUUUAGCUUCUGAAUAAAUUUAUGAAGAUACCCAAUUGAAUUAGGAAUUAUUUUAUUAAUUGGCCUAGAUUUUAUUCUCAUGUCCCUCAAAGAAGCAUUCUGAUGCCCUAUUUUCUUAUUUUGAUAUAGAUGGAUCUGGAGUUCUAUCAGCUCAAGAAAUCAUUGAUUAAGUCCAAAAGAUUCUAUUAAUUUAUGUUCCUUAGAAAACUAUGAAUUUAGAUAAUACACUUAAUAAAUCAAUGAGAGCUUCUCUGAAAUCAGUAGGGGAAUAUGCAACAACACUAUCGAAAUUGAAACCUGUGUUAAUAGAAGAGGAUUAUUUUAGUAAGUACAGAAUGGAAGGAAGUGGAAGAACUUUACAUAAGGAAGAAACUAAAUGGACAACUAUUUUCAAUUCAGAUUUAGCAUGUUUAAGGUAUGUUUACGAGGAAAUUUCGAAAUUGGAAUAGAGUCCAGGUACAAAAUGGGAAGACCCAGACUUUGGACCUACCAAAGAAGAUCCUUAUGGUAGUAAGAGUAUGUACUUUGCUGAUAACGAUGUACCAGAGGGAGCUCCAUAGCCUAAGGAAUGUAAAUGGUUGAGACCUGAGGAGUUCUUGGCAGCAUUAGUAGAGAAUGGAGAUGAACAAUAUAAAAAUUGUACUGUUGAUGUGUUUGAUGAAGAUGGAGCUGCUUCAAAUGAUGUGUGUCAAUCUAAGUAUUUAGGUAAUUGUUGGUUUGUCUCUGCAUUAUCCAUUAUAUCAGGGUAUGAGUAAUAUUUGCAAGGGGAUUUUGUGAUAACCUAAGAAUCCAUAUAAGAAUUGACAGAUGAGGAAGUCAACGGAAUGCUUAUUGGAGUUUAUCCACCUUGUUUCAAAUUCUUAAGAAAAUAUGGUCUAUAUGUGAUGAGAUUCUUCAAGAACUUUGGGUGGAAAUAUGUUGUUAUAGAUGACAAAUUAUGUGUAAAGGAUAAUGAAUACGUAUUUGGUAAAUGUAGAAAGCCGACUGAAUGUUGGGUCAAUUUGAUUGAGAAGGCUUAUGCAAAGCUUCAUCAAAACUACUUUUCUUUAACAGCUGGAGAUAUUGCUUAGGGACUAGCUGACAUGACUGGUAAGGUACCUGAUAAAAUUAAAUUGAAUGAAGAAUGUACAAAGGCUGAAAAGGAAGACCUUUGGAAUCUGUUAUUAAAAUGUAAGAAGGACGGAACAAUGUUGGGAUGUAGUGCCGAAGGUGGAACUGAGUUGUAUUUAAAAAUAAAUGAUGAGGACACAGGUGUUAUGAGUGGACAUGCUUAUGGUAUAUUAGAUGUAUUUGAAAUACCUGAUUAGAGUUGCGAUAACUAUCAUAAAUCACAUAGAUUAUUAAAAAUCAGAAAUCCUUGGGGAUAUGGAGAGUGGAAAUUGAAAUGGUCAGAAAAUCCCGAUUAUUCUGCUAAAUUGGAUAAAUGGAUAGAUUGGAUAAAUGAUUAUUAUUAAAAGGAAAUUGAAAAGGCCAAGUUGGAAGGUAAAGAACCUCCUGAACCAUACGUUUAUGGAUAAGAUGACGGUACAUUCUUUAUGUGUUUCAAAAGUUGGAGAACAGUAUUUUCUAAUUUGUUCUAAUGCAUUGAUUUUCCUGAUGAUUGGAGUGGAUUGAGAGCAUUCGAUUAAUUUGGACUGUAGAGUUCUGGAGCCCCUAUGAAAACUGAGGCCUCAUUAAUUCAAUAUGCUCAAAAGAAUCCAUAAUACAUUCUUGAGUUGAAAAGAAAGAAAGGAGACAAGACUAGUAUGUACAUAUAAAUGUAGUAGAUGGAUGGUAUAUAUUAAAUAUGUAUUUUAAUAGGGCGAUUGUUUUUGGGGGAAAGAUAUCCAUUCCCAAAUGUGAUGAAACCCAUAUUACUUUGCGUAUUUUCUUUAGGACCCACUGAGAAAUGCUUGGCCAAAUUUGAUGACAAAAAGGUAGUUGCCUCUUCGGGUAAGUUGAAUUUGAGAAGAGAAAUUGAUACUAAUGACAUCUCUUUAAGUAAUGGUAGAUAUGCAGUCAUACCAUGUACAAAGGAGGGAGCCUAACAAAUUGAUUUCACUUUGAGUUUCUAUUUUGAUUGUGACAAGAGCGAAAUCAAUAUCACAAAAUAUGGUGAUCCACGCUUUAAACUUUAUCCGAUUACAGAGGAAGAAGAGGAAGUAUCUAAGGUGCCUGAUGAAUUAAAGAAGUUGUUAAAAAAACAGGCUUAGGAAGUAUUAAGUUAAUAAUGA